GUCUGAUAGCGUCUCGCUACCCUCGUUGCUCUCGUUCCUCCUCGCUCGGCGUUGCUCGGCGUGCCGUCAGUGCCGUGAUCAAUAGUCAGUACCCUAGAUCUACGAUCAUGCGAGGGAGUCACAUGUUCCUGUAGGAUGCGAGAAUUACGAGAUCGCCGCGAGAUAACCGGUUCGUCGCGCGUCUUCGUCCCCUGAUGCGACGGCGAGUUCCUACCCUCGGAUUAUUCGACGAGGACGAGUCUUCCCCGGCGAAUGUCGCCGUGAGCCAAGCUUCUCCGCGUAAGGUUUCGCGAAACGGAUUCAGGAUCCCGAAAAGACUGAUGUAACGCUCGCUGAUCGCCGAGGUUUCUCGGUGUUGAUACGACCGACUUAACGACGUCUGCCCUUGUUUAGAAUGGAGGUGAGUCAGCCAGAUGGUAAGAUUCCUUUGCCGUUAGAACCCAUAAAGUCGAACCAGGUUGAAGACAGACGCUUAUGGGUGGGCAAUUUAGAUUUAAGAAUUAAUGAGUACAAACUCCUGAAACUUGUCCAAAAAUACGGCACAAUCGAAAAGUUCGACCUGUUGUUCCAUCGGUCGGGUCCUCAAGCUGGCCAGCCAAGGGGAUAUGCAUUUGUUACUUACGAAACGAUCCAAGAUGCCAGAAAGGCGAAAGAUGCUUUGCAUAACUUGACAGUAGGAUCUAAGAAUAUUAUUGUCAGAUGGGCACACAGUGUUACCGAGUCGGACAUGGACAAGCCAAAACCAAAGAUAGAUAUUCCUGCCUUAGCUGGUGCAAAAAAGGAAGAUAAAAAGAUAAGUCGUGAAACAGCAAUUCAAGCGAUUGAAGCAAAACUGAAGUUGAUGAAAGAAUCGCAAGAGGAGUUCGAGUUGAAUAAACCAUUGGAAGGGUCGCCGAUUAUACAUCUCUAUCAAAAAGCAGAGAAUCAAAAACCGUCCACCUCUACGCGUUAUCACAGCCGUGGAAGCUACCAUCAUAACAAGCCGUACAGUCGUCACAAGCCAAGAAGAUAAUUCGCAUAUUUUUCAUAUAUUUUUUUUAUUAUUGACUCAUUAUUAUUAACUCUCAUUAGCCCAUUUUCCUUUUUUACUCGUUAGUUUUUUAUUUUAUUUUUAUCAACUAAUCAAUCAUCACAUUUGUUUCAUGAUGAAUAUUUAUAUUGUUUAUAAUGACAUGCCUACAUUUAAUACCGUUUAUUAAAAAGGUAGUUUGUCCUCGUGUAUAAAAAAAAAAGUUUCUUAUAUAUUUUCGUGUUCGUAUUAAAUGUCCGUGAGCAAUUCGAUUUCUCAAUUGCAGACAGACAAACGUGCCGAUUCCUACAAGCGAAGAGAUAUGAGAAACAUAGAGCUACGAAUAUUUCAAAUCGUCCGCGACAUAAUGCUCUCAAAACGUAUGUUAACAUACGUGUAUUUUCGUAAUAUAUAGAGAUCUUUUUUUACGCAUUACAUGCUUUGGAGUAAGAUGCAAAAUGAACAAGUUACUUCCAUCGUUCAUACUUUUGGAUAUAACAAGAAUGUAUACACCUUACACACAUGUAUGUACAUGUAAUUAUACAAAUACAAUAUAUGUAACAAGAAUUCGUAACAACUACA